GAAACGACUACGACUAUGGAGGCCCUCAUGCGCGUCACAGAUACCGUAAAGGCAUUCCGGGUGAGACUUCCCGGUCGUAAUAGUACCAAUAACACGCUCGAGACCCGCCUGAGUGCGCUGCGCCCACUCGGCGAGUUCUUCGACUACCACCGUAUCUCGAAGCCGGCGGACAUGAACACCGCCACGACGAGGAUAUCAUAUAACACACGCUAUUUCUCUGGGAACUACGGAGUCAUCGUCGCCACCCUCGCAGUCUACGCACUGAUCACAAACUACCUCCUCCUGGUCUCCCUAGCCUUCCUCAUCGGCGGCUUCAUCGCGAUCAACAGAUUCGCACCGGAGCCGAUGCAAGUCGGCGAGCACGUCGUGACGCAAAAGUCGUUGUACACCGGUCUCUUCGUCAUCGGUAUCCCUCUCGUCUGGUUCUCCUCCCCUCUCUCCACCUUUUUCUGGCUCUUCGGCGCAUCAUCGUUCCUCAUCAUCGGCCACGCAUCGCUCAUGGAACCCGGUAUCGAGAGCGAGUAUGCGGCAGUCGGGGAGGCUGUCUAA